UUUUUUUUCUUUGCAUCAGGCAACAUUUAUUCAAUGCCAACAAUGAACAGCAGAUGGAGUAACGUGUGGAAAAAGUGUCUGGACUACCCAAUACUAAUCUAGAGAAAAAGACAAUGGCAACACCGAGUGAUUGUGGGUAAUGGUGUCCUUUAACACACAUGCCUCUCUUACGAUACCACUGUCGACAACUACAUAUCCCAUAUGUCUUCACAACUCACAGUCGAUUUUGGAUGUUGUGAUCCGCAAAGACUUGCAGAAACAGUGGAUGAUGGAUUUUCCAGAAGACUUCAACCAGCUGGAGCUCCUGAAUACACAUGGGCACCUGAUCCCUCGAGGGGCAAGCAGCCUAUGGACAGGAAGCAAGGAUGAGGAUGAAGACGAUGAAGAGGAAGAGGGGGAGCACAGUGAGGAGUGGUCUAGAAAAGAAGAAACUCUCAAAGACAAACCUACUGAGCUCUUUUUGUGGGCAGCGGAAAACAAUCGACUUUCUAAGGUCCAGAGCCUGUUGACUGCUGAUCCCUCACUUGUGCACUGCUGUGAUGAGGAUGCUUACACUCCACUGCAUCGUGCAGCAUACAGUGGCCAUGUCGAUGUGGUUGCUGCACUGCUUACCGCUGGUUCAAAGGUUAACCCUCGCACUAUAGACGGCUGGACACCCCUUCACAGCGCCUGCCGCUGGAGCCGUGUCACUGUAGCAAGCCUUCUCCUGCAGCAAGGAGCAGAGCUGAAUGCUCAGACCAAUGGUGGGCUCACGCCACUACACCUGGCCGCCUCCCACGCCAGCUCUGUAAAAACAGACUCUGCAAACACGUUGGAGCUCCUCUUAUCACAUCGACACUUGAAGCCUAACCUCCGCAGCAGCAGUGGAGAGACGGCCAGUGAGAUCGCCCGUCGUAGUGGACCUCAUUACUUCCUGUUUGAGAUGGUAGAAGACUGUGUGAGUGUAGUGACAAGCUCCUGAACAAAAACAGGUGUACACACAUAUUUAUGUCUUUUGUGCAUCCAUGAUUGUACUUCCCUGUACUUGCAGGCAUUAUGAACAUGAAGAAGAUUAAUGUUUAUUUCACAGAUGUUGUCUAUGGAGAAUCUGCAGUCUGGAGGGUUAUGUUUGUUGACAUUCAUUAUGUGAAUCUAUAAGCUGUAAAUGUAUAAAAAAUGACCCUGAUCACAAUACGAGCGGAAUGUAAAGAUAUCCUCACAUUGACAAGAUUUCCUGUCUCCAAUUACAAGUUGUAUGUAGUCAUGUUCUCAAGGCAAUGUGUGUUGGGAUGAAUGUUGUCUUUGAAACA